UGUUCCUUUUCUCCUUUACAGGGCUUUUGUGUUGCCAUCGAGGAUCGCGUUUGAAGCAGGCUGUCAAAAUGUCGUCUCAUUUAAACUGGAUGAUCAUCCGCAACAACAAUGCUUUCCUUCUCAAAAAAAGGAAUAUUAACAAACCCUUUUCCACAGAACCAAACAACCUCACAAAUUUGAGCAGCUACCGCUACUCAGGGUUAGUUCACCGAAAGAGUGUUGGUGUUGUUGACACUCCAGAUAAAAAAGGUUUUACAGUUGUAUAUAAAAAAGCCAAAUGUGUAAACAAGCCUGCCAAAGCCACCGUCAAGAGAACCAUGAAGGCUGGUGCCCGCAGAUCUCUGUAUAAACUGAAAACUCUUCUAAAGAAAAACAAGUACCGUGUUGAUCUAACCAAGGUUGCUCUGCGCAGGGCUAGUGCUGUACUACGCUCUCAAAAGCCUUUACCUGCUAAAAAAACUAGAGCUGUAAAAAAGACAGAAUGAUAUACUGAAUAAAUUCAUUUAUUAAC